GAGCGCAUCACAGGGAGACCUGCGCCUGUAAGCAGCGUGAGGUUCCCUGUCUCCCACAUUACGACGCGAGCGAGCGCUCACACAACACCAGUGUCUCUGUUCUCUACCUUCAUCGCCUCCUCUCGACCGUACCAGCAUGCCUUCCAACCAGAAUUUACAAGGCGGGAAAGCCUUCGGGUUACUCAAAGCACAGCAGAGGGAGAAGCUGGAUGAAAUCAAUAAGGAGUUUAUGGAAGAUCAGAAGUACCGGGAUGAAGAGGAUUUGCAAGAGAAGCUAGAUUCUUUUAAAAAUAAAUAUGCUGAGUUUGACCUGAACGAUCAGGGGGAUAUCGACAUGAUGGGCUUGAAGCGAAUGAUGGAGAAGUUGGGUGUGCCAAAGACUCACCUGGAGAUGAAGAAAAUGAUCUCAGAGGUGACAGGAGGUUGCAGCGACACCAUCAACUACAGGGACUUUGUGAAAAUGAUGCUUGGCAAGCGAUCAGCUGUUCUCAAACUGGUUAUGAUGUUUGAAGACAAAGCUAAUGAGGCCAGCGGUAAACCCGAUGGACCCCCACCCAAGCGUGACAUCACCACCCUUCCAUAAAUCAGGAUUUGAUCGCCAUCCCUGCAUUCGCAGAUCCUGCCCAUUUAACAUUAGGGGCUAGGUCUCUAUAGCCUUACCUAGAAUCUUUUUGCCAACGUCCAGGGAAAAUCUUAGUUCAUAGCUGGACAAAAAUAAAGACAAAAAUGUGAAAGAUGUCUAUAUAUAUUUGCUGUGAAGAAGACGAAGUGCAAAGUGGCUUUUUAUGAAUAAACAAAUGUAUAUAUUUAUAUGAAAAAGGUGUUUUUGAAUAGUGUUUACAAGCACAAAUCCUGUGGGUGAAGUUUAGUGUGUAAUCUUGCAAGGCAGAUUUUAAGAAUUAAGAUUGAGAACUAAUUAAUUUUUCGUCUUCCCCCAUAAUGUGUGAUUAAAUUUUUUUCAUUUUAAGAUGUUCAUGUUUGCCAGUUAAGUCGUAUUCGCUUGAAGCGUUCUUCUUUUAGCUUUCACUAGCGUUAGCUUUUGCUGACACCGUGUCCUGAAGUGUGACAUUGUAGAUGUGCGUGACGCUUUGUAACAUUUCUGUACAGGAAGCCGCAGGGAGUGAGAAAACUGAGAUUUGAGUGAAGAAGGCAAAAAGGGACUACCGAUCAUUCCUUAAAUCUUUUGCUGAUUCUGUCUAUCCCUUCUUCAAUUUCCAGAGUCUUCAGAAUCUUUCUUUUUAACCAGUUUGUAUGUGUCCAAGUGACUGUAGUAAUCUGUAACAUUACUGUACUGUAUAAGCACAUUAACUCUUAAGUACACACAUAUUGUGCAGAUAUGCUUUGAAUCACUUUCAGGAUAUGCUUUUAUAAAUUCUCCUGCUUAAAUUGGGAAUGAUGUUGUAGGUAAGAUCUUUAGAUCGGCAGCAGGGUUUAUUUAGUCACUAUAGCCUAUUAGUUUGAAACCGUUCUUUCCAAGUGCCUCACUCAGUUUGAUGUAGCAGAGGUUGAGUGUAGCAUCUUUGAAACAGAUUUUGUGUGUGUGCGUGUGCUUGGAAUUUAUAUUCUGCUGAGUAGCAUUUUGAGACAUUCCGUUGUGUGAUGGAGUCCUUGGAAUGUUGUCAUGUUUUAACCCGAGCAGACUUACAUGUUGUGCAGCUCUGAUGCAAAUAUUCCAGUAGUGCUUUUGUCCUCUUUUAUUUAAUUUCCCACUGGCUUCAUCAAGUUUCCUUUCUGUAAGAUGUGCUAUGUAAGGAAAACAAGUGUUGUUUUUUUUAAGAUUAAGAUGACAUGUCAGCAGUAGCAAGUGUGACUUUCACUUCCAUUUCAGACUUCAUCUGCAAAUAAAGCAACUUUUAUUUGUUUCUGUCA